GUCCGUGCCAAACAAAGGAAGAUAGGAUCACACCGUAAUGACCCGUUGGUUGUGGGCCCCAAUCUGGCCGCCACCACAAGAUUUCAGAGGCGCCAACGGCGACGAUGUCCCUUCCCCCUGCGCCAUGCUCCUCCCCCACCUCAGACGCGCUUUAGCCACUUCCCCCUCCCGCUUCCUCUCCCUCUCCCACUCUUCUCGUUAUCAUCGUCGGGCGGUGAUGUCGGUGGCGGCGGUGAAUUUCUCCGGCGACGGCAGAGGAGGCGGCGGGGGGAGGGCGACGCUGAGGGGCGUGGUGUUCGACAUGGACGGGACGCUGACGGUGCCGGUGAUUGAUUUCGCGGCCAUGUACAGGGCGGUGCUCGGGGACGAGGGCUUGGCCGCCGCCCGCGCCGCCAGCCCCUCUGGUAACGUCGACAUCCUCCACCACAUCGAGACGUGGGACCCACUGGAGCAGCAGAAAGCCUACGAGAUCAUCGCCCAGUUCGAGCGCCAGGGCCUCGAUCGCCUCCAGAUUAUGCCCGGUGCCACUGAACUUUGUGAAUAUCUUGAUUCCAAGAAAAUAAGAAGGGGUCUAAUUACUCGCAAUAUCAAGGCUGCAGUCGAUUUAUUUCAUCAACGAUUUGGGAUGAAGUUCAUCCCUGCUUUGAGUAGGGAAUUUCUCCCUUAUAAGCCAGAUCCAGCUCCAUUGCUGCAUAUUUGUUCAACUUGGGGAAUCCGUCCAAGUGAGGUCAUGAUGAUAGGUGACAGUGCCCGAGAUGAUGUGGUUUGUGGGAACAGAGCUGGAGCCUUUACAUGUUUGCUCGAUGAAACAGGGAGAUAUUGCUCUCCUGAAUCUCUCAGCGAUGAUCAAAAACCUGAUUUCAAGGUGUCUUCUCUAAUUGAAGUGCACUCUCUUUUGGAGACCCAUUUUGAUUUGGUGCCGCAAUCUCUAACCGGCUAAAGAAUCUCAAAGUGCAGUGUUUUAACUUCAUUUGAAAAGUUUGAGCCAAUCUGCAUUCAUCAGCCUGUGGCCUUGGCUGAUAGGCCUAGAUGGUUACUGGAUUGUCUCUUGUCAUCAGCUCCAUCAAUAAUUUUUUGCACUGGGAGCCAGGUGAUAUAUUGACUAUUUUAAGUAAUUGUUUUUGAAAAUCUUAGGUGAAAGUAAGAAGCCGCUCUUCAUGGGAAGUUGUGGAGAUAUGAACCUGUGUGAUCAAAUGUUGCAUCUCUAAGGUGUGGUGCCCUUGUCUUUAUGUCCAGUACAAUGAUAUUAAAUCCAUGAAUGUAUGAUACAUGGCUGCUUGUUUGCAUUGGCUACACUUUAAGUUUAGAAUUCAUGGUCUUUUUAUCCUUUCAAAGGCAAAACUUUACAGUACAAGCAGAAUAUGUAAUAAAUAUUUCAAGAUUUGAUUGUUUA